GACAGUGUGCUAACAUACAAUAAUUCAUAUUCUUUAUGUAGUCUAUGAUUUUGUGCUAAAUUGUGGUACACUGUUUUGGGAUCAUAAGAAAAAUAAAUAAAAAUGGGUAAUGAAAGUUCUCUGCCUAUGGAGCUUUGUUCCAACUUUGACGCAGAUGAAAUUCGUAGGCUUGGGAAACGAUUCAGGAAACUUGAUUUGGAUAAUUCGGGAUCACUCAGUAUAGAUGAAUUUAUGUCAUUGCCUGAGCUGCAGCAAAAUCCCCUUGUACAGCGUGUUAUAGACAUUUUCGAUGCUGAUGGGAAUGGAGAAGUUGACUUUAAAGAAUUCAUCCAAGGAGUUUCACAGUUCAGUGUUAAAGGGGACAAGGAAUCCAAACUGAGGUUUGCCUUCAGAAUCUAUGACAUGGACAAUGAUGGCUUCAUUUCCAAUGGAGAGCUAUUUCAGGUUUUGAAGAUGAUGGUAGGAAACAACCUGAAGGAUACACAGCUCCAGCAAAUAGUGGAUAAAACAAUUCUCUUUGCAGAUAGAGAUGAAGAUGGUAAGAUCAACUUUGAAGAGUUCUGUUCGGUUGUUGGCAACACCGACAUUCACAAGAAGAUGGUGGUUGACGUGUAGUGUGUAACGGUGCAAUUUUUUUUCAAGGUCAAUGACUAAGUGACCAAGGAAAAUGAACGCAGCACACUGUACUUAAGACCAUUUCGUCUGACUCUCCCUCUGUUUCCUCGUUUUUUGGAAUGUGUGGAGUUGAUGCUCUAGUCCCGUUCUGGUUUUCAGUCUCAUUCCGAUUGUCCCCUCCCCCCACAUCUAUCCAUCUCGCUCCGCCGCUGCUCAAAUUAAGAUGUGGUGUUUUCUCCUCGAUGCAUUUUGAAAAGAGUGACAGGUGGUGUCAUCGUUGAUUAAUAAUCUAAUUUACACCUUAUCAUUCUCAACAGCAUGAUUGGGAAUCUUAAUGCAUGCAUUAACGCCUUUGCCUACCCCAACUAAUCUUCCGUUCGGUGGUUCAAUUUAAACAUCUGAUUGUUGUCUUGUGUACAAAGAUUUUCUACUGAUCUAACACUAGCACUUUUUGUAUCAUAGUAUAGACAUGGGUUUUACAGGUACAGGUAUUAUAAUACAUAAUUUUUACUGACGUGUAAUGUGUUUGUAAAUAUGAAGGAAAAAAUGGAGACAUAUUUCUAGAUUUAUUUAUUAAUAUCUAAUAACAGCUGUGUUAAUUAUAGAUUUAGUACCCAUAGUGUUUGUUUCAAUCGUAAAUUGCUUUUAAUAUUGUCUCAAAACUUGUGCAUGGUUGGUGUACAUAAAGGCAGUAACCGAAGGCAUUCAUGCUUAAUAUCUGUAGUAUAAUUUACUUCAUUGAAUUUGUAAGAGAAUUGAAAGGCCAGGCAGUACACUUUGAGGUAUUGGGAGUGAUGUUAAAUGCUGUAUAAAUGCAUGCAACACUAAAGCUGUGAACUUGUGAUAUUGGUCUGUUAUCACUUCAUGGUACCUGUGCUUGUAAGACCUAAAAAUACGGCAGGACAUCACAUUUAUUCUUAAGCGUACUGUGAAAAUCUUUCUUCCAUUCUGUCCAUUUCUGUUUCUAUGUGUCACUGCACAAUUAUCACAGACUGUUUCUAAUGAAUAUAUAUAAAAUGCUGUAUUGUUAUGACAACUCUAACAAACUUAUUUUAUCUCUCUCUCUCUCUCUCUCUCUUCCUUUCUGCAGUGAAAGAAGUUAAUUCUUGACGUUGAUUAGCAUAGCAGUUUAUCAACUAAAAAUAUAUCCUAUAAAAAGUAAUGUGUGGAAUUGUACAUCUAACCUGGGUUGUUAAAUUAUUGGGUACCAAGUAUGAAUUAUAAAGUUACCAAUUAAUUAUAUUAUUUUGCUGGUUCAUAAUAUUGUUGUUCUUAAUAAUUUUUUUUUACAAUAUAUUGUAAAAUAAAUGACAAUAAUAUUAUAAACCAGCCUUAAAUUUUGUAUAUCUAAAAAAAAUUUAUUAAUACUGUUGAAUAUUUUUAUUGUACUAAGGCAGCAUAUUGUGCAACCUGUAGUCAUAGUUCAUAACUGCACAGGUUCAGUUCACAGUUAUGGUAUUUAACUUGCAUUGUGUUAGAAAUUCAAGUUUAUGGAUUGGGAUGCUCUUAAGCAUAUUAUUUUAUACUUAGUGUGAUAUAAUUGGUGUACGUAUUGUGUUCUGCGAUAUUUUACCAUCUCAUUUAUGAUCUGAAAUUUUUGUCUCUCACCAUAUGAACUGUAGUUAGUUGAGAUAGCUUGCUGAUGUUACUUUCUUCCAAGACUUUAGUAAUAAACUUUCACUGAAGCUCAUUAAUCAUCAUUUUUUACUUUUAAUUAAAUAUUAUAGUUAUGAUAUAAAAAUACUUUUCCGCUUUCUUUUUAAGAGCAAAAGUAUCAGUUUCACAAUAAUUAGUGUUAUGUUUUUUUUAAGUAUGGCCAGUAAAUGCUUUGAUUUUUUUUUUGAUAGAUGACCUAAAUGAUAAAAAUUAAUUUCUUGUGUGACAAAAAAUUUUUAGAACUCACAGAAUUUUCUGUGUUUCUCUUACAUAAAUUUGUUUUUCUACAAUUGUAGUACAAUUUUUGUAAAAUUACAUGUGACCAAUUUGACUUUAUAAUUGUUUAACCUAUCUAUCUUAUUUGGUGAUUUUCAAACACUUUUUGUAUUUUAAUUUUUUUUUUCAUAUUGUGGUUUGCUUACAAGGGUCAAAAAUAAUUAAAAGAACAAAUCAGGAAAUUAGAUAUAUGUACCAGAAUGUAUUUUAAUUUUACUGUCAAAUUUACUUAUGAAACUUGUGUCAAAAAAAUAAAAACAAAUACAAAAAAAAAUUUUGUACAUUAAAAGAAAGACUUAAGUUUACUAGAAAAAUUAUUAGUUGCAAUAUAGUACAAGUCUGAGGAUGAUAUUUUUGUUCUUACUAUAGCUUAAUUUUUUUAUUAUUUUAAAUUUCAUGUGUUUCAAUAUGUUUGCUGCAUAAUUAUCAUGGUGUAGAAAUUCUCAAAUUGUUUACUCUUAUACAUUGCAUGUAAGGUAUGUAAAGAGAGUGCAAAUAUUCAAGAACUUGUGUUUCAUUAAAGUAUUUAUACAUGUAUUAUUAAGUGUUAUAAAGAUUUUAUUCACAAUUUAAA